AACUGUCUCCCGUUGUUCCGCGUUGCCGGAGAAAGGGAGAAAGUUGAGCUGGUUAGCUGCAGUGUGCAAUAGAUAAGCUGGCGGCAGUGGUAACUGCAGUUUUCCGCUACCGCCACAUUUAAAUUCAGGUUCCCUUGCUCACUUAAUAGUGUGAUGCAGUUUCGGUGGCAGUGCUGCGUGUAGUACAGACUAGAGACAAUUAAGCGACUUCACAUUUUCUUUGGUGCGGCUACUCCCUCGUGACACUCAAAAGAGCAUAUGACAAUGCCCCUUCUGCAAUUGCUGCGAGGGCAGAGGAACCCGGCGUCAGACGAGGUUCUGAAGGUGAAGCCCGACGACUAUGCACUGUUCAACAUCUUGGUUCGCGAGGAUGCCCUGAUCCUCUACCGAUGUUCCAUGGGUGAUACCGCGGAGGCGGCCUCCGCCCCGUACGAAAUUGUGUUGCACAACGAUAUCACCCGCUCAUCUAAGUGUGCCUAUAGUGUACUACGGACGAGAGACUAUAUCGAAGCACAACACAGUUUCAUCCUCCUGAAGGACCAGCUUCCUCUGUUGGUUGAAUGUGUACCUGAUGUCUACAAGACGGAACGGAUCCAGGAGGUGGUAAACCUCAUAAGAGCCAACCCUUCUUGGAACCUGGCCCAUGUGGCAGCCCACCUCGCACUGAUCGACUGCUUCAACAACCCCAGGGUGCUCCCGCUGAUCGGCGAAGCGACACCAGAAACCCGUGUGACGCCGUUGCACGUGGCCGUGUGUGCUCAGAAGUUGGCCGCUGUGCAGGCGCUGAUGGCUACGGAUGUGCCUCUGGAUUUGAUGGACCAGAAUGGAGACACCGUAUACCACCAGGCUGCCGUAACCAACAAGGACAUCAUCAAUGCCCUUUCUGCGCGUCCUGCACCCGCAGCAGCCAUCAACCAGGUCAACAACGAGGGCCACACUCCACUGCAGCUGGCCUGUCGUGCGAACAAGCCAGAGUGCGUGCUAGAGCUGCUCAAACAAGGAGCAGACUUAAAUUCUGCUUCCGACAGCUUCGAUGGAAACAAUAGGCCAUUCCUACAAAAAGACCACGUAAAGCACAUGUGCGACUUCGAAGUUGAUGACAUGAAGUACGGGGGAACACCCCUGCACUGGGCCAAGACAACGCAGUGCCUGGAGGCGAUGAUAGAGCUGGGCUGUGGCCUGGAUGCCAAGAACUUCCAGGGUAACACUGCACUGCACAUCAUGGUGGCCAGAAGCAGACUAUCCUGCGUCGUCGGCCUCCUGAGCCACGGAGCCAGCGUCGACGCAGUUGGCAAGGACGGAGACACGCCUUUGCACGCAGCUGUGCGGGGCGACGUGUCAGUGGUCCAGGCACUGAUAGUGUUUGGUGCAGACGUCAACUGUACAAACGAGAAGAAUGAAACGCCGCGCCAUUUGGCAUCCUCGUUAAGCGUGGGCAACAGGGACGAAGUUAUACACGCCCUGCACGCAGUCGGAGCUCGCCGUUGCAGUCGCAAUCAUGGAUGUACAAAUGGCUGCGCCGCCGACGGCACAUGCAAUGGCAAAUGCCCUGAGAAACCAAAGUUCUUCAGUGCUCCUCACUUAUACGACGACUUACUGGGAAAGGAUGUCGUCGAGUCCGCACUGAGGAGACUUCGAGAAGACCUUCAGCGAAAGAAGCGCUCUGGCCGAGUGCUCUGCCUAGACGGUGGGGGCAUUCGUGGGCUCAUCCUCACUCGGGUGCUUAUGUGUCUGGAGACGGUCCUCGGCUGUGCCAUUAUGGACUGCUUUGAUUGGGUGGCAGGCACCAGCACUGGAGGGAUCCUCGCUCUGAUGCUGGCACUUGGUAAAACACCGCAGAAAUGUCUCCAACGCUAUUUCGCUCUCAAGGACAGGGUGUUCAUCGGAAUCCGACCGUACGACACUGAUGCCCUGGAAGAGUUUCUUCGGCGCGAAAUGGGUGAAAAUACGGUGAUGACCGACAUUGAGCGUCCAAAGUUAAUUGUAACUGCUCUCAUGGCAGACAGACAUCCUGCUAAGCUGCAUCUGUUUCGAAACUAUACUUCUCCAAAAAGAAUGUUGGGGUUGGAAGAGGACAACUCGGAGAUCCCUGCACCUGCACCACCGCACCCUUGUGAGCAACCAGUAUGGGCAGCAGCACGUGCAUCAGGAGCAGCCCCAACUUACUUCCGUCCCUUUGGACGAUUCCUGGAUGGGGGCCUCAUUGCCAACAAUCCCACGUUGGACACCAUGAGAGAGAUCACUGCGUACAACAAGGCACUCAAGGCUACGGGCCAGGAAGACCGUGUAGAGCCGAUGCAAGUGGUCGUGUCGGUGGGGACGGGUACAGUGCAGCCAGUAGAAGUGUCUCUGACAAGCAUGUUGCACACGGAAAAUAGCCUCUGGGGUACCGCCCAGAUGGUCUUCGGACUCCCAGGCCUAAUAGAGCUGAUGACAGACCAAGCGACCCAGGCCAACGGAUGCCCGGUGGAGCGUGCCCAAGCGUGGUGCAGCGCCAUGAACGUGCCCUACUUUCGCAUCAAUGCUCCUAUGUCUGAGGACAUAGACCUGGAUGAGAAAGACGAUGAGCGGUUGGUGCGUGUUCUCUGGGAGACCAUGGUCUAUAUGCGCACUCGCAGAGCUGAACUGGACGAACUGGCUGAACUCAUCAGACCUCGUUAAUAGGUCACGGGCACUGUGAAAAGUUGGCUACGUCCACUGAUCUCUUCAUUCUGUGAUGUUGUUCCAUUGGGAGUCACCCGAAGGAUAUGUGUUAUUCAGCUUUUCUACAGCUCCUCUAUAGCAUGCAACGUCAAAGCAUAACGCUCGGACGUUUCUUCGUGGAAUGUUAUUCGGACAAAGGCAACUUAGCAUAGUCACUUGGAGCACCGAAGACUACAUACUUCAACGGAAACACGGCGUCUCGUCUACCAGACUGGUUUCUUUCACGGCGCAGCAAAGAAUAGCGACAUCCUAUCGUCGAGUGACCACCUGCCACUCGGAUAUAGAAGACUACCCACCACACGUGUCUUGAAUUCGUAGUCCGACAGUAACAAACUAUUCUGUUCUACAAAUUUAAAGGUGCACUAAAGUGUCCACACAACUUCCCUUCAAAUUACGUUUAGAGCCUGAAGUUUUAGGGUUUUACCCGAUUCUUCCCCGAAUUUGCACCCCGAAUUGAAGGUUUCCUAUUUUGGGUGAAACCCGAUUUUUACCCGGCAAACUGCCCUCACUGGUUACGUCACUGUUUGUACCAAACGACUACAGUUAGUUCGAGCAGCUGAGCCCGAUUUCUCCCCGAAUUUAGCAUACUGGAAGAUUUUUCUACCCGAAUUCGCAUGAAUUUAGUGCACACGUUUAUUUACCCGAUUUUUACCCCCCGAAUUUCGAAAAAAAUAUUUCCCGAAAACUUCAGGCUCUAAUUACGUUACACGUUAUGUUAAUCUCGUUCAAAACUUCAAAACUUCGAUUCUGUUACAAAGCUACAAUCAGAAUUAUACGGGACUGUCUCUCUCUCUCUCUUUCUCAGCACUAUGCAGCGAAACUUGUUUCAGCUCAUGCAUCGGUGCUUUUUACUUCAUGCUGCACAUGUACACGCGGCACACACCAUGGAGUAUAGUUUCGGCAAACAACAUGGGGCGAGGGACGUGAAUAUACUUAAUUGUUCUCGCUAGAACAUUUGUGGUAUUGAGAAAUGCAGCAAUGCGCGUCAUGCCACGCAGUGUAUAUACAACACACAACGACUGUACCCGUUCCAAAUCCUCACGCGAACGAUAGACAUGGACGUACUUCUCCUGCUGUCUGAUUGGAUGCCGCCAAUAUUUGUGUCCUGAGGAUUACAUUGGUUGCUGCCAACAGACGGCUCUGUUCCACUGCGUUUUUCUUCUAAACGGUGUGAACACUUUUUGUGCUUACGUUAUAUUUGAAACACAGACUUUCAUUUGAGAACAAGUGCAUUUCUGCAUUUUUGUGCCCCUUUAAACCUCAGUUAGCAAUGCCAUUGGAAAAAACGAAUUUAGCCCUUCGGGGUAGACGGGACAGAAGCUCGACAACCUCACCUCACAGUUUAGCCGCAUAGGUUUGCAUACCUGAGACAUUUUCUAGUCCACUUGUACAAAGAAUAGAAUAGAAUAUAAUUUUCAAAUUUCUAAUGCAAUGCCUCGUCGUCAUUGCCGUUUGUAGCAUUUCUACAAGCGCCUACACUAAAGCUACCAGCAGUGUGCUACACUUGCUAUUGUGUUGAUGCAAUUUUAAAUAAAGACAUUGGUAA